AUGGCGUUCGGACACCACAAAGAUAACCAUGCCGCGCCUGCCGACGACGUCGAGGCUACGGCGGCAGACCGCACCGACGGAGGUCUUAGCCAUGACGUCGACGACAGCGAACUGCCCGAGUAUGAGGCUCUAGACCGGUUUAUCACCAGAUACGAUGCCAGCGGUCAGCAGAAGUCGGCCGAGGAAGAGGAGGCCGAGAAGAAGAAGAAGCCCCCAUCACUUCUCAAGCUGUUGUUCAGCGGCGACCUUGAAGUCGAGCAAAACCAGAACCUCGUCGCCCCCGAUGCAUGGCUCGACACCGACAUGCGACAGGGCAUCAGCGAUCACGACGUCGAAGAACGCCGCCGACGUUUCGGCUGGAAUGAGCUCACCGCCGAGAAGGAGAACCAGCUGAGGAAAUUCAUGGGUUUCUUCCAAGGCCCGAUUCUUUACGUAAUGGAAAUCGCCGCGCUGCUCGCUGUCGGUUUGAAAGAUUGGAUCGACUUCGGUGUCAUUGUUGGCAUUCUUUUCCUCAACGCCGCCGUCGGAUGGUAUCAAGAGAAGCAGGCAGCCGAUGUUGUCGCCAGUCUAAAGGGCGACAUCGCCAUGAGGGCCACUGUAAUCCGCAACGGCAAGGAGCAGGAAGUUCUUGCACGGGAGCUCGUCCCCGGCGACAUUGUCAUCCUCGAGGAAGGCCGGAGCAUCCCCGCUGACUGUCAAUUGAUCUGUGACUACACCCACCCCGAGGAUUUCAACGAGUUCAAGAAGCUCAGGAACGAGGACAAGUUCAACGGAGACUCCACCGACUCUGGGGAUGAGAGUGCCAGCAACGAGAAAGGCACGGGCAAGGAGGCUGAGGACCGUGACGACGACGACGACGACGCAAGGUCUAUUCACUACGGCUUGCCCCUGGUUGCCUGCGAUCAGUCCGCCAUCACCGGCGAGUCGCUUGCCGUGGAUCGCUACAUGGGAGACCUGGUAUUCUACACCACUGGCUGCAAGCGAGGCAAGGCCUACGCCAUUGUCAAGACCUCGGCACGCUACUCCUUCGUGGGCAAGACUGCCACCUUGGUCCAGGGCACUCAGGACCGCGGGCACUUCAAGGAGGUCAUGGACAGCAUCGGAACGUCCUUGCUUGUGCUUGUCAUGUUCUGGAUCUUGGCAGCGUGGAUUGGAGGCUUCUUCCGGCACAUCCACAUUGCUUCCCCCGGUGUGCAGACACUUCUGCACUAUGCCCUCAUCCUGUUCAUCAUCGGUGUGCCCGUUGGUCUUCCUGUUGUCACAACCACCACUUUGGCUGUCGGAGCCGCAUACCUGGCCAAGCAGAAGGCCAUUGUUCAGAAGCUGACUGCCAUUGAGUCCCUUGCUGGCGUCGAUGUUCUCUGCUCCGACAAGACAGGCACACUGACCGCCAACAAGCUGAGCAUCCGCGAGCCGUACGUGGCCGAGGGUCAAGAUGUCAACUGGAUGAUGGCUGUUGCCGCCCUGGCCAGCUCUCACAACAUCCAAUCCCUGGACCCCAUCGACAAGAUCACCAUCCUGACUCUGAAGCGCUACCCCAAGGCGCGUGAGAUUCUCCGCCAGGGAUGGAUCACUGACAAGUUCACCCCCUUCGAUCCCGUCUCAAAGCGUAUCACUUGCGAGUGCCGACUUGGCAAGGACCGUUAUAUCUGCGCGAAGGGUGCUCCCCGGGCUGUCGUGGACCUGGCCAACUGUUCAGCCGAGACGAAGGCCCUGUACAACCAGAAGGCCAAGGAGUUUGCCAGCCGUGGGUUCCGUUCUCUCGGUGUCGCGGUCAAGAGAAACAACGAGGAUUGGCAGCUUCUGGGCAUGAUCUCCAUGUUUGACCCGCCUCGUGAGGACACUGGCCAGACCAUUAUUGAAGCCCAAGCUCUUGGCGUGCCUGUCAAGAUGCUUACUGGUGACGCUAUUGCUAUCGCGAAGGAAACCUGCAAGAUGUUGAGUCUCGGCACCAAGGUCUACAACGCAAACAAACUUUUCAACAGCGGAUUGUCCGGCAGCUUGCAACAUGACCUUAUCGAUCGCGCCGAUGGUUUUGCCGAAGUCUUCCCCGAGCACAAGUACCAAGUCGUCGAAAUGCUUCAGCAACGAGGAUCUCUCACUGCCAUGACUGGUGUCAACGACGCCCCUUCGCUGAAGAAGGCUGAUUGUGGUAUUGCCGUGGAGGGCUCUUCCGAGGCCGCACAAGCCGCAGCAGACAUCGUCUUCCUCGCACCCGGUCUCAGCACUAUCAUUCUCUCGAUCAAGACAGCACGACAAAUCUUCCAGCGGAUGAAGGCCUACGUGGAGUACCGGAUUGCACUCUGCAUCCACCUUGAGAUCUACCUGACUCUCUCGAUGAUCAUCCUCAACGAGACCAUUCGACCGGAUCUCAUCGUCUUUAUUGCACUGUUCGCCGAUUUGGCUACCGUGGCUGUUGCUUAUGAUAAUGCCCAUGUUGAGCCCCGGCCCGUCGAGUGGCAGUUGCCCAAGAUCUGGGUCGUCAGUCUCGUCCUCGGGACGCUGCUGGCCAUUGCCACGUGGAUCAUUCGUGCAACGAUGUUCCUGGAGAACGGUGGCAUCAUCCAAAACUUCGGCUCGGUUCAAGAGGUUCUCUUCCUCGAGGUCUCCCUGACCGAGAACUGGCUCAUCUUCGUCACUCGAGGCGGCAAGACCUGGCCAUCAUGGCAGCUCGUCGGUGCCAUCUUCGUCGUGGAUGUCCUCGCGACCAUCUUCGCCCUGUUCGGAUGGCUGUCCGGCUCGGGCGGCGGUGUCAUGCGGACAACUCCCGAGACCAUCUUCGAGAACUCGGACAACGGGUGGACGGACAUUGUCACCGUGGUGCUCGUGUGGGCGUACUCGAUCGGCGUCACCAUCUUCAUCGCCAUCGUCUACUACCUGCUCAACAAGAACCCGUGGCUGAACGACCUCGGCCGCAAGAACAGGCACCACAAGGACACCAUGCUCGAGAACGCCCUGUUGCAGCUGAACAAGAUCGCUAUCGAGCACGAUCAAAACCCUGAGACAGGCUCAGACAGGUACUACCUUGUCGAGAAGGCAGCUGCGGAAGACGAUGAUUAG